UUGUCAACGCCUUCUGAUGGCCCGGCCACUAACUCCUUCUGCCCGUUUCCUGGGUAUUACAGCAACAUGGUGUGCGUGCAGGGCAAGCAGCGCUUCAUCGGCGAGGCGGCCAUCAGCAUGGCGCGCAUGCACUACAAGAACACGGCCACAGACAUCAAGCGUCUGAUCGGCCGCAAGUUCAAGCACCCGGAGGUGCAGCAGGAGAUCGCUCAGCUCGCGUACAAGUGCGUGGAGCUGGCCAGCGGCGACGUGGGCAUCGUGCUCAACUACAACGACGAGCCCGUAACCUUCUCGUGCGAGCAGGUGGUGGCCAUGAUCCUCAACAAGAUGCAGAACAUCGCGGCCGCCGCCAACGAGGGCGUCAACCCCGCCUACUGCGUGCUCUCGUGCCCCGGAUUCUACACGGACGUGCAGCGCCGCGCCCUGCUCAACGCCACCAAGAUCGCCGGCCUCAACUGCCUGCGCCUCAUCAACGAGCACACGGCCAUCGCCCUCGCCUACGGCAUCUACAAGUCGGCCCGCAACCUCUUCCACGAGUCGGAGCCGCAGCACGUCAUGUUCAUUGACCUGGGCCACGCCAGCUACACGGUCUCCAUUGUGGCCUUCGUGCAGGGCCGCCUCACGGUCAAGUCGGCCGCCUUCGACCGCUUCCUCGGUGGCCGUGACUUCGACAUGGUCAUCGCCAAGGACGCCGCGGCCAAGUUCGCCGCCAAGUACAAGACCAACCCGCUUGAGAACCCCAAGUCGCGCAUCAAGCUGCUGUCGGCCUGUGAGAAGGCCAAGAAGAACCUCAGCCCCUACGGUGUCACGGCGACGCACCUCAACAUCGAGUGCCUGGCUGACGACCGCGACUACAACUCGCAGGUGACGCUCGAGGAGUUCGAGGAGCUCAUUGCCCCGCUCCUCACGCGUCUGGACGGCCCCAUCGAGCGCGCGCUCGCGGACGCCGGUGUGGAGAAGUCGCAGCUGGCCAACGUCGAGAUUGUCGGCGGAGGCACCCGUGUGACCAGCGUGAAGCGCCACCUCGCCGAGGUGCUCGGCCUGGACAAGGAGCAGCAGAACUAUGGCCUGAGCACGACGCUGAACGCCGACGAGUCGGUCGCCCGUGGUUGCGCCCUGAACUGCGCCAUCCUGUCCCCCAUGUUCAAGGUGAAGGAGUUCAGCGUCACGGACCGCGUGCACCUGCCCGUGCGUGUGUCGUGGGACGGCAGCGCGUCGACGGCUACGGACGCCGCUGACGACGACGAGGACGUCAACAUGGAGACCCCCGCCUCGGAGGACAGCUCCCUGGUGAUCCUCAGUCGCAAGGACGAGUACCCCAAGACCAAGCGCAUCACCUUCCGCCGCGACAAGCCCUUCUCGAUCGACGCUGUGUACGACGAGUCGGCCAAGGCUUACCUGCCGCCUGACUACGUGAUGGACAUUGGCAAGUUCACGGUCUCGGGCAUGCCCGCCCAGGAGGCCGGUGCCGAGAUCCCCAAGAUCCGCGUGAACGUGCAGCAGGACAUGAACGGCCUGUUCUCGAUCGCGUCGUCGCAGCUGAUGCAGGAGAUCAAGGAGGAGGAGAAGCCCGCCGAGGCUGAGGGCGAGGAGAAGAAGGAGGGCGAGGAGAAGAAGGAGGACAAGCCCGCCGAGCCCAAGAAGAAGCGCUUCCGCAAGAUCGAGCUGACCGUGCAGGCGCAGGUUGGUGGUCUGUCGGCCGCCGACCUGACCACGGCCACGGAGCAGGAGCUGAAGAUGGCCCAGCAGGACCGCGUCAUCGAGGAGACGUUCAACAAGCGUAACGAGCUGGAGAGCUUCGUGUACGAGAUGCGCAACCAGAUCACGGACAAGCUGGCUGGUUUCAUCACGAGCGAGGAGAAGGGCAACCUCGAGGCUAAGCUGAUGGAGACGGAGGACUGGCUGUACACGGACGAGGGCUUCGACAGCACCAAGUCGGUGUACCAGCAGAAGCUGGACGACCUGCGCAAGCUGUCUUCGCCCGUGGAGUUCCGUCUGACGGAGAGCACGGAGCGCGGUGUGGCUCAGGCUGAGCUGACGGCCGUGCUGGAGGAGUACAAGCGCGUGGUGAACUCGGGCGACGACGCGUACUCGCACUGGACCGAGGAGGAGAAGACCAAGCUGCGCCAGACGUGCGUGGACGCCGAGACGUGGCUGUUCGACGGUCUGACCAAGCAGGCCGACGUUGGCCCGACGGACGCCCCCGUGAUCACGUCGGCUGCCAUCCGCAGCAAGAUCGUGGCCGUGCGCGCCGUGGCUCUGCCGAUCACGACCAAGCCCAAGCCGCUGCCGAAGGUGGAGACGCCCGCUGCCCCCGAGCCGACCGAGGCCGAGUCCGCCCCUGCCGACGAGAAGGACGAGGCUGAGAAGAUGGACCUGGACUAA